AUACGGUGAAGUCAAGGUACCGCUUGUUAAAAGAGCUUCCUGCUUUUCCUUUCGAAGUAAAACACCAUUCUAACGCAACACACUCGGUGCAAUCGUACCGAGCUAAUCAAGUUCAUCAAUUAGCUCAUUGAAGCUAAUCAAAUCACAAAAACCACGCUUGCUUGACAUAUAUGUCACCACUGUCCUCGCAAGGCCUUUCAACAAGAGAAGACGGGCUUUGAAACAAAGCAGAUUGGAGGCUUUGUUUAAAAGAGUCUAUGACAAAGUGGCAAGCUUUAUGACAAACGUGUGCAAAAGAAGUGAGGUUUUAUUGGACGUUUGUAUUCGCGUCGAGGUUGUCAGGGAGAUACGGACCAUACGGUAUGUAAAGCACUGAUUUGAAGAGGGAGAAGCUUACCUCAAUUUUUUGCACAACCUGUACAAUAUCUUAAGAAAUUCAUGAAAAUGUACUAAAUUAAAAGAAGAGCUUUAUCAAUGAACUUCCAAAGUAAUUUAACAACAAAAAGAUUUUUAACUUAAAUGUUUUCAUUUCACAGAGGAAACAGAAAAAGUGACAUGGACUGUAAUAAAGGCACCACUGCCUAAUUUGGUUGCACACCCUAUGGCAGCGAUGAUGGCCUCCAAAGGUUUCUUGUAGCCAUCUAGAACCUUUGUGUGCAUUUCGGCUCCUAUUUUCUCCCGCUAUGUCUUGGCAGUUUCUUCAAGCUCUUCAGUGAUUCCUUUUCCCAAUGGCACAUUUCAGCUAACAUCACAGAUUUUCAAUGGGAUUAAGAUCAGGAAUCAUCGCUGGCCGAGGCGGAGUUCAGUGAGGAGAAAGCCACCUCUCUGCCUUAUCAGCCACAAGUUACAGCAGGACAGCGUAAGGGGAAGAAGCAUUUUUCUCCAGCAUGGCUGACAUGGAGGAGCUGCUACUACUGCUAAGUGCCAGCACACAGCGGAGGCUCGCUUGUGUGCUCUUCUUCGUCUUUGUGUGGAGGUCAGAAGCUGAUUGUCCCGUGCCAAAGAAAAAGGACUUCGCCCUAAGCCCAAAGUCGUGGCUGGAUGACGCUUUCCCGGAGGGCUCCAUUGCCUUUAUGACAUGUCAUAGGGGCUAUGAGGCGGACGGCGGCUCUGACAUGAUUACCUGCCGUAACGGGAAUUGGACUGAGUUGACUCUCAGAUGCAAAAGGAAGGACUGUGGUCCUCUUGAACCUCAGCCCAACAUGAGAUUCAACACCACUUCCAACACACUCUACGGCGAUGUCGUAAAGGUCACAUGUAAUGAAGGAUACAUGAUUGAAGGAUCCAGCUACAGGAUUUGCAUGGUUUCUGGCUGGAUGUUUCCAAGCAGCUGUCAAAUCGUAACCUGCCAAAAGCCUGCAGAGGUGACUAAUGGUAAAAGCUUGUGGGAUUCCCAGGACUUCCCAAAGUAUGGAGAGGUCAUACAGUACGAGUGCGAUGAAGGAUACACCCUCGUCGGGAACAAAAGCAUUGUGUGCAAGAAUCUUGAAUAUGAUUCUCCGCCUCCUGUAUGCAAAGAGGCGUCUACAUCAAGUUCAUCAGCCACAACAGUUGCUCACCGAGAUAAAACUAUCACAGCCAGCACAGGAGCAACCAUCACCACUUCACAGGAAAUCUUUGCAGAAAAGAAUGUGGAGGCUGCAGAUGACAACAAGGACGCUAAUUAUCUCCCCACUAUAAUCAGCGUGAUAUGUGUCACACUAGGCGUAGGCAUAGCAGCGGUGUGUCUGCAUAGGCAUCUCAAGAAUAAAGGGUCAUAUGACACCAGAGAAGGCCCGAAGCACCAGUUAGUCAAUGUCUAGAAGGCCCGCCUCCCCAAAGCCUCUGAUUGGAAGAGUGCCUAUCUGCUGGAGAGCAUCUGGGAGCCAGGAAGGACGUGCCAACAGGCUGCAGCAGUUCCUUCGGCUGAAGGGAAGAAGAAAGAAAAGGGAAUUUAAUAAUAUUGCACGUCCACUGGCAGUUGAUUCUGCUGAGUAAAAUGCGUGGCGAGUGAAAUGACUGAUAAAGCACUUUUUUGUAAUAUUUUUUUUGGUAAAUUUUCAAUACUACUUAAUAUUUCUUAUUUUAUUUAUGUUGAAAACUGGAAUAAACACUUUAACUUAAUGUGUUUCAAAUGUAACGUGUGGCCCCCAGCUUAUUAGCAUGGAUGAGGGGGUGUUACAAUAUGUUUCAGUUUGCUGGCUGCGGUGGUGGCGGCGGCUGAUAAAAAAAAAACACACACACACAAUCAACUGCGUUCUUUGUACAAUCAACUACAUUCUUUGCCUUUGCACGUUCUUGGCCUCAUUGUGAGGCUCUUUUGCUCAGAUAGGAGCGAUAUAGGAGACUUAGAUGAGAAAGAAUGCAGCCAGUCAUGCACCACACGACCAAGGAAAUGUGUUACUACAUGUAUAUUUUUUAGAAACUUGAAGUGUACAGCUUGUAUAGUAUAGAUUAACUAUCCACUGAAAAUGUGCCAACACUUGGAACACACUAUUGGAACACAGUUUUUUUUUUUGGUCAUUCUUAGUCACAUUUUGCUGCAGUGUUUCUAUGAAGCUGAAAUUUGACCACAUUACUCAGGUUGAUGUCAUCAUUUUUGUGAUGAAAGACAUUUUGGAUGUUAGCAGACGUGAGCAACCAUCAAACCCCACCCAAAGAGGAAAAUCUUUGCUGCAAUUAAAAAGGAUCCCACUAAUAAGCAUGUUGCCAGCCUGCAAAAGAGCAGCUGCAAGCAGAAACUCCUUGUGGUCGUGUGUGCGUCUGCUCCAACCAACACAGUAUUAAGCAAUGAUUGAACGUUGCAUUGAAGUGAAAACACAUGGAAGAAGGGAUGUGAUCUCUGCACAGGACAAGACGAUUGACAGCAGGAAAACAUGUUCCCGUCCUAGCGUCACCCAGUGUCCUCUCCAUCACCAAGCUAACCCAAGCUUGUUUUAACAUACACGCACUGCAGACGCAACCAAACGACAUGGGAAAAACAUGGCCAUGAGACCUUUAUGGAGGAGGUGGAGGCAAUGUUUGAGCAUGCAAGUGUCAAAAGAAGUUAAGCACUGUAUAAACGUAAAACUACUACUACUUGAAAGGCAACCGAUGAACAGGAAGAUGUUUGCUCAAUGAUACUAUCACCUACUUGCCAAACAUACGAUUUACAGGUAUUGUUGGAAUAAACAGACCCAUUCAUGGUGAUGUCGUUAUAUUGAAAUAUUGAAUGUAUUUUUUAUUAAAAUAUUUUGAUAGGCAUCUUCUAAUGCACUGCUAAUACCGAGAAAUUUUGUGAUCCUACU